AUGAAGAGUUUUAUUUUGACUACAGCUAUUUUGGGCUUUGCAAGUUGCGGCCGUCUCGACAGUCAAUAUCUUCCAGCGAUUAAUCGUGGACUUUCUACGCCAGUCAGUGGACAGUUUUCUUCAGCUGCAAGCCACAACCAAGUUCCAAUUGUGAAAUAUAUCAACGAUAAUAAUGGAGAAGGAACCUAUAGAUACAACUAUGAAACUGCUAAUAGUAUCUCUGCCGAAGAGCACGGAGAUGCCCGAGGAGCUCAAGGUUCUUACUCCUAUAUUUCUCCGGAAGGUGAACACGUAUCAGUUUCCUAUACGGCCGAUGAAAAUGGUUACGUUGCUCAUGGAAGUCAUUUGCCAACGCCGCCACCAAUUCCGGAAGCCAUUUUGAAGUCGAUUCAAGAAAAUGCUGCCGCUGAAGCUAGAGGUAUCUUCAACGAGGGGAGCUAUCACGGAGAAGGACAGUACAAUGGAAAUGGUAAUGGUUAUUCUAAUAAUGGUGGAUAUAGAUAUUGA